AUGAGUGAAAGCUCGAUCUCUACAAUCACUUCAUCUCACCGUUCUUUGAUCAAAACUCAAAUGCUCUCCAGGGUGGGCAUUAGGUUUAACACACUCGCCAGCAAAAACCAAACAAGAUGUCUGCAGGUUUUUCCUCGUCUUUCUGCUGAAGAAUCAGGCAGUUCUACAACUUCAAAAUUAAGCAAAGAUCAGUUGAAAAAGAGGGAAAUCAGACGUUUGGCACAACGUAAAGCUGCUGCUAGACGCGCAGCAAGUGACCACCCCCUUUAUAUGCCUGUUGAUAGGGCUCUGCGAUUUUUACGUGCAGCUGAGGUUGGCCAACCUAUCUCUCAGCAAACGCUGAGUUUAACAACUGCUGUGAUAUCCGAGCGAGGAGCACCACUUUUAAGCGGAAACCUAUCUUUCCCCAAUGCUCUUAAGGAGGUGAAGGUGGCAGUUUUCACAAACGACGAAAACCAGGCAAAGCUGGCUCGCGAAAAAUACAAAUGCCAUGUUGUUGGCGGCACUGAGCUCGUAGAGCAAAUUAAGUCGGGCCAAUUGGCUAUCGACUUUGACAAAAGCUUCGCCACCCCUGACAUAGCAUCCACAUUAGCAUCACAGCUUGGUCGUAUCCUGGGACCUCGUGGCUUACUGCCCGCAGCGAAGAAGGGCACAGUCUCGGACAAUCUGGAGGCGCUCCUUGAAGGCAGCGCAGCUUCUUUGCCUUUCAGACAGCGCGGUAACAGCGUCAGUGUAGCUGUGGGCAAAUGCUCGUUUUCCGACAAGCAAAUGUUAGAAAAUUUGGUGGCAGCCCAAAAGGGUGUCAAGACCGCUUUGGCCAACCAAAAGGCCAAGAAAUCUAGUUUGCUUGGCCAAACUACUCUCACGUCCACUCAUGGUCCCGGAAUUGUCAUCGACUUUGCCUAG